UAAAUAUGGGUGGGCAGAAUCUUCCAGAAUCAUCCAGCGGUGUGGUCUGUGACGGAAGAUAUUUUCAUAAGCGCUAAAACAAAGUAGAUAUUCGUUUUUAGGGUUUGAUUUCUGAAUACAGGCCUUAAAAUAUUGUAUCGGAUGAUAUCCGAAGCUGACUGAAGCAGCGAAUAAAGCGAAGAUCUUGUCACGUGAGUGAAUCUCGACCACACUAGCAGCAUCAGAGACUUUGAAGAUGGACGGGAGUGUGACAGUCAUCACCAACCCGACCGUGUCCGUGCGGGUGACCAGCACCGUCAGCUCCUUCGAGGUCAACCGGAGAUUCAACCGAGGAAUAACGAUCGCAGAGUUCAAGAGUAAACUGGAGCUGAUUGUGGGCACCCCAGCUGCCUGUAUGGAUCUUGAUCUAUUCAGCACGUCAGACAAGUUCUUACAGAAACUAGACAACAACGAAGCCCUGCUCGGCUCCUAUCAUGUGGAUGAUGACUGCAGAAUACAUGUGACAGACCUCAGUGGUGCGAAAAGCGGAGAGUUCACUGAUUUGUCAAAGGUGGAGAAAUUUGAGAUCUCUGAUGAUGCCUAUGAAAAAAGGGCAGAUUCGAUACGGAGCUUCAAGAAGAAUAUGAAGUUAGGUCGUUUUAAUGAGGAAAACAGGGCCAAACAGGAAGAGGCUCUUGCUAAGAAAGAAGAGGAAGAGAAGGCAGCGGCUGAAGCCAUCGCUGUUGGAAACCGCUGUAAAGUUGAGGUUCCUGGGCAACCCACCAAGAUUGGCACCGUUAUGUUCGUGGGUACGGCAGAUUUCAAGCCAGGCCACUGGAUUGGUGUGAAAUAUGAUGAGCCGCUUGGGAAGCAUGACGGCAGCGUCAAUGGGAAACGUUACUUUCAAUGUGAGCCAAAAUAUGGCGCCUUCGUGAAGCCGCUUUCAGUAACUGUGGGAGACUUCCCUGAAGAGGACUAUGGUUUGGAUGAGAUGUAAGACUUGCCUGAUGAGCAGUCCGAAGCAUCUGAAGAAAGAUCCUCUUUCUUCAAGUCGUUUGACUCCAUGCAGUGAGACAUUGCUGCAGUUGAAGGUUUUGUCGUCAAUGCAGAUCAUUUUGUUUUAUGCUGGUCUGGAAGAGAUCAGCGAAAAUUCUACUUUAAUUUCCUGCAGGCAAACUCCAGAAAUGAUCUUAAACGCAUCUGUGCCCUGGCGACUGGAAGUAACUAGAAAGGUAAAAGUGAGAACAUCAGUCGAGGUCAGAGUAAAAAAAAAAAUCUAGUUGAGCUCUAAAAGCGUUCGCUUGCAUGUUGAAUGUUCGUUAUUGAAUUCCAAAGUUCUGCAGCUAAUUUGAGCCCAGGCCGAAUCAUUUUACUUCAAACUAAACCAACUAACCACAAAAGAAAAUGUUCUUCACGUUUUUGCAAUUCUGUACACACUGUAUCGUAUAAAUGUCUCAUUCCUCCUUUUUCUGCAGCCUUCGACAUUCACAUCGUCAUGACUGUAUUUAGGGUCUCGGUCCCUCAUUCCUAGGCACUUUAGUGAUUAGCUCACAAAUGAGUUGUAUAAUAUAGAAUUCUGUGGCCUCGGUUUUCCAUGGUUCUGUAUUUUCAGUGUAAAUUACAGAAAUGUGACAAGAAUUCUUGCCUUUUUUUUGUGAAAAUUGGCAUGUCAGCUUUUUGAUGCAUGUCAAAUUCACAUUUAACAGAAAAGCCUUGUUUUUAUGGAAUUCUGUGAUUAGCAAAAUCUCUGUAUGUUUCAAAUAAAUCAAUGUACCAAUUUUGGACAUCCUGCAGA